UUCUUGGCCUCAAUAGCUUCGGAGCUUUCGGGAGCUUGACCACCACCUAAACCUCUCUGCACAAAUCUCAUUUCUUUCCGUGCAGAGGGGAAACCUAAAAAUUUAUAUACAUACAUACAUAUAUAUAUUUAUAUACAAAUCGAUUUAUUGAAAAUUUUUUUUAUUAAUUUUUUGUGAGAUUAAUUUGGUGGUGGCGAGAUGGGUGCAAUACAAGCAAAAACGUGGAUUCGAAAGCAAGUCGGGCCGCCCGGUGGCGAUCCACCGGCAUUGUUGGCCUCCGUGAUUCCAAAUUGAAGACAUUUCCAGAUGAAGUUCUUGACCUGGACAAGUCCAUACGUACUCUUGAUCUAACACACAAUAAAAUAGUUGACAUUCCUGUGGAGAUCAGCAAAUUAGCAAACCUGCAGCGACUGAUAUUAGCUCAUAACCUCAUUGACCGACUGCCGAUAAAUUUGGCAAAACUAGUGUCCCUAAAAGUUAUGACACUUGAUGGAAAUCGAGUUACUACCUUGCCUGAUGAAUUGGGACAGUUGGUCAGACUUGAGCAGUUAUCUAUCUCUGGGAAUUCAUUAGAGUCAUUGCCUGAGACUAUUGGAAGCUUGCGGAAUUUAAAACUUUUAAAUUUAUCGAAGAACAAAUUAAAGUCUCUUCCAGAAUCCAUAGGAAGUUGCUUCUCUCUGGAAGAAUUACAAGCAAAUGAUAAUUCAAUUGAAGAACUUCCUGAAUCAGUUUGCAACCUUAUCCACGUAAAGUCACUUUGCUUGGACAAUAAUAAUGUGAAACAGAUACCCACUAAGCUGUUGAAAGACUGUAAAGCGCUGCAGAAUAUUUCCCUUCAUGGAAACCCUAUUUCCAUGGAUCAGUUUCAGCAGAUGGAAGGAUUCCAAGAGUUUGAAGCGAGGAGGAAGAAGAAGUUCGACAAACAAAUUGACUCAAAUGUGAUGAUCAGUUCGAAAGGCCUUGAUGAGGGCGUUGAUCUUUGAGCGUAUGGCAAUGACAUUCCUGAAACAAUGCUAACGAGAGUCAAAGCCAUUCAAAUGCGAAUGAGGGGUGGUUUCUUCGCUGCUGUAAAUUCAGAUGACCAAUUCUUGUAGCUUCGGAUGGACAACGUUAGAACGACCUUGUUAUUUCUGAUCACUCUUGGAUACUAUUUUCUUCAGUGCUUGACAGUCUUUGGCAAGCUUGUAUAUGAAAGGGUUUGGUUACACUUACACAUUUGAACUGUAAAAUGUUACAUCUGUUGAUACAAUAUGGAAAAGUGAAUAUAAUGAGAACAUCGAAUCCAAUUUCUUAUUAAUUUUUAAUACAUCGAUAUAUUUACAUUAUCAA